AUGUCUAUCAAAGACGAUGAUGGUCAGAAAAGAUAUCAAAUUGCCAUCAGUCAAGAUGGAAAAUAUGCUGUCACGUUUGAUGCAGCAACCCUACAGAUCAAAAUUUUAAAAAAUACCGAUCAUCGCGAAUUCGACACGGAAACAAAGAACGUCGAAAGUUCUGAACCAAAUGUUUCCAAUGAAAUCAAUGAAAGUUCUGAAAUCAAUAAACCUAUUGCUCAUUUUGAAUUACAUGAAGAUUUAUCUAUCUAUAAAUUCUAUACGAUUGACGGCGAUCCUACGUCCAAAACUCCGAGUGAUGUCUAUGAUAGAUGGUCGAUCGAUAUAUCCAACAUAGAAGACGAAAAUUUUAUUUUUAUUGCAGCAUCUCGAAUAGAUAAGAAAUUUAUGAAAAAAACGGGAGAGUAUAAAACACGAGAUGAAAAAGUUAAAAUGAUUGCAAAAAAUUACAAUGAUGGAGAUGUUUGUAUAGAUGUACAUUGUUUCCCGAAUGAUCAAACAGAUUGUGAAACCGCUAUUUAUUGUCUUAAAUUAGAAGAUGAGAAAAUUCAAGAACUUAUUAAUUAUAAUAGAUUAUCGGGAAUUUGUAAAUUUGUGCCAAAAGAGAGUGACAAUGAUAUAAAAUAUGUUGAUAUUUCAAAAAAAUUUAUUUUAUUGAACUAUAAUGGUAUAUAUAGCUUUGAAUAUAAUAAGGAAAACAAAACUUUUAAUUUUGUGGAGAGAUUUAAUUAUCCGAAAAUCAUCAUGAAUGAAAUUGAGGAAGUGUCACGGGAAGAUUCAAAGGAUUGCAUGAAUCUACUCCUUUCACACAUUAAUAAAAAAUAUUUUUUGAUCGAGGAAAAAAAUGGCGACAAAAAAGGCGACGACGAAAAAGUUCUUGAAGUUUAUGAUCUAGAAAACAUGCAAUUGGAAACUAGUGUAAAUAUCAGUAUUGUUGACGAUAACGAAGAUUACAAAAAAGUUUACUCGAUUGAUAAGCAAAAAUUACAAAUUUGUUUUUCUCUAGGACCUCAAACUAUUGGGAUAUUUCUUUUGGAGCAUGGAUCGGAAAUCGCAACUAGAAAAUUUGAAGAGAUCAACAAUAUUCAAUUGAUUGAAUUCAUCAACAGCGAUGAGAAAUUACUUUUGAUUGGCAGUGAUUCUGAAAAUGAUGAUCUAAAGAUUAUUAUCUGGGAUAUAUAUGAUACUAACAAGGUUGAAAGAAUACCAUUAGAACUUAGUACUUGCUUAGCUAGUACCUCCGGAAAUCUUUUGCAAGUUAAUGAUGAGGGGAAAGUUACAUCAAUUCUCAAGAUGAUUGAGGAGGUCAAAGCAAACAAUGAAAAUAAUGAAAGUAAAUCAGAAAAUCCUGAUUUGAAAAUAUAUGAUCCAAAAUCUAAAGAACUACCACCAUAUAAAAAUUUUGAAAAUCAAACUAUAUACUUUUAUGAAAAAUUCGAUGGUAAUUUCAAGCCAGCAAUUGAAGAUCCGGAACCAUGGGUAUCAAAUAAAUAUAAAAAAAUUUCGUUUUGUCUUUAUUAUGAUGGUUUAGAAUCUUUACAACUUAUAGUUGAACCGUUUCUUGAGUUUAUUUGGACGAAUGGAAUUCCAGAUAAUCAAAAAAAUGAACACCACUACAGAUUACAUAUUGCAAAUGUUCGAUUUGGUUUGAAAUAUUUUCGCAUGGAGGUUUAUUGGUAUGAAAAAGAGUCUGAUAAAGGUUCAAUAAAUGAGAAAAAAUCCGAUGACGGUUCAAAAAAUGAGAAAGAGUCUGAUGACGGUUCAAUAAAUGAGAAUGAUAUGUCACAAAAAAUGGAAAAUAAAAAAAAUAUAAAAGGAAUGAUAAUCAAAGAAAAAAUAAUUGAAUGGAAUGAUAUCAAUGAUAACGCAAAUGGAAUAAGGUACGCAUGUGAAGCAUUAGAGUCACUUAAUAUGCGUGCAAAAUCUCGUACAAGUUAUUUUAAAUUACAUAAAUACCAUGAAAUAGUCAAGUAUAUUAAUAAUAUAGUCGGGAGAUUUACUGAAAAACGACCACGACGAUAUAGAUUACUAGACGUUCGUUAUCGUAUUAUGAAGAAUUUAAUUCUUGGUGAUUGUGAUCAUUUAAUUCACUGCCUCUUAUUUGGAUUCGGCACAGAUCUCUAUAUACCAAAACGUAAGUUUUGGUAUGAGGAACGUAAAAAUCUGAAAUAUAUCAUAAUAGAUGAAGACAUGAAUUUAAGAAUAGGGAAAAAGGAAGGUGAAAAUCAAAAAACAAAUGAUCUGAAUGAGGACUAUGGAAUAUAUAAAAAGAUAUGUAAUUUUAUUGCAGGUCAGAAGGAGGACGUUGAACUUCCAACGACAGACGUGAAUUUAGCAAUUUUUCAUUUUAGAGAUCGUAAACCAAAUGAUACAAUUAUAAUUACAUAUAUUUUAAAAUAUUAUGUAUCGUAUGCAGAAAAUUUUUGUAAUUUGUUAAAAAUGGUUUCCGACACAUUUUAUUUAUUGAAUACAUUAAAAUAUGAAGAGUGUAUCAGAGUGUUAAAAAAUGAAUCGAACACAUUUGAGAAGGACUCCUUGAUUGAUUCAGAUGCUAGCAAAGAUCUAUUAGAAAAAUUUAAAUUAAAAUUCACAUCACCCGAAGAUGACAGGAUCACCAAAUUUCAACGAAACACUGAUUAUACAUUAAUACUUAAAAAUAUUCUAUUAUUUAUAUUUAUACCACGAUGGUACAAUAACAAGGAUAGAACUAAAUAUGAAAAUGUUGAUGAUAUUUUUGAUCUCCCAGAUAUCGAAAAAACUAUUCAAUAUCGUUGGCCAAGUGCAAAUAAUGAUAGUAAUUCUACAAUAAGUGAAGGUACUACAAAUUCAUCCGAUAAUCCAUUCUCUACAUUUCCUACUACAUUAGACGCUGCAUACUUUUGGACUAAUGGUAAUUGGAUUCAAAGGGAGCUGUUUAAAUCUUGGUCUGUUGAAAUAUUUACUAUAAUUACUAGCCUUUUGAUUGUAAUAAUUUUGCAGAAUAUGCUAAUUGCUAUUAUGGGUAAUGUUUAUGAAAGUGCUGCGGAUAAAAGUAAGCAAGCAGUAUUAAAGUAUAAAGCAAUACAAAUAUCAGAUUAUGAUAAAUUACAUCAUCGCUUUGAUUUUUGGUACCGAGAUCCAAAAGUUGUUCCUUCUAAAAAAAGUGUAAGAAAAUUUAUAAAAGCCAGCCAUCAAGAUAAAUAUAUAUCAGGGUUUGCUACAGAUUUAGAUUACGAUCAAUAUUCAAUUUGGAGAUUUGAUAAUGAGGAGAUUGGAUAA